CUGGCUAGUGUUGCUAUCUCCAUACAUAACUUAUACACCGAGCUUUCCUUCACAAAAUCAAAACCACCCCCACAAGACAGAAACAUAGCGACACUUGCUCGUGUCUGCAUAGAAAAUAAAGAGAGAGAAAUGUCGAAACUAGCGAUCACCACCAUAUUUCUCACCCUAACCAUCUUUUCAACAGUGCCAGCAAAAACGUCAGGAGCCACGGCUCCGGUGGCAGCACCUGCACCCGUUUCAGGUGAUCUUGCUCCGGCAGCUCCCGGACCAACAGCAGUCAAUGAAUGUUUAACUCCAUUGUUGAACAUGUCUGAUUGCUUGGGGUAUGUAACACAAGGAAGUAACUUGACAGUCCCUGACAAGAAUUGCUGUCCUGAGCUUGCCGGGCUGAUAGAUAGCAACAUUAUAUGUUUGUGUCAGUUGCUUGGUGGUGAUAUUGCUGAGCAAUUUGGGAUCUCACUUGAUAAGGGAAGAGCUCUCAAGCUUCCUGCAACUUGCAAGAUUGAUGCUCCUUCAGCCACCUUGUGCUCGGCUGUGGGAUACCCAGUACAAGCUCCAGCAAGCGGUCCAUCAACAGGCUCAACACCUCAAGGUCCAUCUCCAUCAACUGGAGAUAAUAAAGAGAGCGUUGCUUCAAGCAUUGCUGGCUCAGCUUAUGCAAUCUUCGGCGGCUUAGCAUCUUCAUUUCUCCUAACAUUGUUCUGAGUUUCAGUUUUCUUCUCAGGUGUAACAGCUUAAUUUAGUCUCCUCAUUUAUUAAAUGCUGUGACCAUGAGAUCUGGUAUGCCUAGCAGCAAAAUAAAGUGUGCGAUUUGUUGUAUUAUUUCAUUUUAAAAAAAAAUUAGAGCAUUGUUCCCUUUC